GAAAAAGUAGUAGAAACUAUUCACUUCUUAUUUGGAGCUAUAGUUUUAUUCGUUUUGUCUUCUCCUACGGCCACUGUAGCUGCCGCAGCUUCUCUCUGCGUACAUACAAUGCAGUUUGGUACGAAAUGGGUUGAGAGGAGUAGAAGACUAAUGAGAAGAACAUCAAUGAGCAGCAAGAUAAUGGAGUGGAUUUGCUUUACUUUAAGAGAAGCUUCCAAAGAUCAGAAGAAGGUUGUCAGAAGAUGGAAAACCUCAGAAAGAGAUGAAAUAGUUUUUAGCGCAAGGAAACAGAAUGAGCAUGGGAGAUACAUGAGUAUUCUCUCAGUAAAUAUGGGAGGGAGAUUGUCAUCAAACAUCUUUUAUGGAAGUUCAAGCAAACCAAGGACAUUGUGUGCUUAUAAUCAAAACUCCAAACUCCACUCUACUUCUCUGAUGGGUGCAGAGCACUAUCCUCCUCCUUGGUUCAGUGUUGCCCCCAUGAUGGAAUGGACCAAUAACCAUUACAGAACUUUGGCUCGUCUUAUCUCAAAAAAGGCAUGGCUCUACACGGAAAUGCUUGCUGCCGAAACAAUUGUCUACCAGACUGGCAAUUUGGAUAGAUUCUUGGCAUAUGGCCCUGAGCAACAUCCUAUAGUGCUUCAAAUUGGGGGAAAUAAUUUGGAGAACUUGGCCAAAGCGACACAACUGGCAACUCCAUAUGGCUAUGAUGAAAUUAAUUUUAAUUGCGGAUGUCCUAGUCCCAGAGUGGUUGGACAUGGGUGUUUUGGUGUAUGCCUCAUGCUUGAUCCGAAGUUUGUUGCUGAGGCCAUGUGUGUAAUUGCUGCAAAUACCAAUGUUCCCGUGAGUGUCAAAUGCAGAAUUGGACUUGAUGGCCACGACUCAUACAAUGAACUAUGUGAUUUUAUUUACAAGGUUUCUUCACAGUCACCAACUCGUCAUUUUAUUAUACACUCCCGGAAGGCAUUACUUAAUGGAAUCAGCCCAGCAGAUAAUCGAAAAAUUCCCCCUCUCAAAUACGAGUAUUACUAUGCUCUUUUGCGUGAUUUCCCGGAUCUACAGUUUACAAUAAAUGGAGGCAUAAAUUCUAUUGAUGAGGUUAAUGCAGCACGUAUGGAAGGAGCUCAUGGGGUUAUGCUGGGACGUGCAGCUUACAGCAAUCCAUGGCGGAUUCUAGGACUUGUUGACAGCUCUGUAUAUGGUGCACCUCUUCAUAGUAUAACCCGGCGCCAGGUUCUUGAACAAUAUCAAGUAUAUGGUGAUUCAGUCGUUAGAAUGUAUGGGAAUAAGCCAAAUAUUCGGGAUGUUGUCAAGCCUCUGCUCGGUCUUUUUCAUGGUGAACCUAGAAAUGUUGUGUGGAAGCGCAAGGUUGAUGCUGCUCUCCUGCACUGCACGACGAUUAAAUCCCUUCUCGAGGAGACGUUAGGGGAAAUUCCAGAGAGAGUGCUUGAUGCCCCCAUUACAGAAGUGCCCUCUGGUAGUACGGAUAUGUUCAUUAAGGUGAAGAGUUUGUUGCCUCCUCCAUACACAGUUAAUGAAGAAGAUUUACUGUAUGCUUAAAUAUACAUGUUUUCUUUUCCUUAGAGUUUGUACCCAAUGACAUAUAUUCAUUCUUUCAGUAUUAUGUACUCUAAGUGCCUCAUUUUUUGGGAAACCAACUCUCUCCAAUGUAACCAGCUACAUGGCUUGUAAAAGUACAAUCUUACACACACUGCUGCUAUGACCAGGAAGCAGGUACUACUGACGUUUUUUUCUUUUAUUUUUUUUCAAUAUUUUACAUAGGAGCAUUUGAAAGGAAUAGUGAGAAAUUGAGCCCUUAUCAAUUGUGUAAAAAAUUCAGCCAAACUGUGGAAGCCUUGAUAUUGUUUAGAUUCUUGAUAUUUCACUUGUCUCGGAAUCUCAAUUUAUCUCAAUAACUUUUAGUCAUUGCAUCUCA